GCGUCUUUUUCUUUUUUGUUUCUUUCCAGGAAACCACAAAGCACCAUACGAUUCGCCAUGGGGACCAUUGUUGAGCAUGGGCUAUACUUUCUCAGUGGACUACAACAAGCCUUCCAGUGGAUGAGGGCGAUUUCGCUCGUAUACUCGCAAGUACUAGCCAACGACAACAUUUUAUACCACCUGGAAUCUUAUACCGAAACGUAAAAAAAAACAGUUCCCGCGUUAUCCAAGUGGCCAUCAUCAAGACCGUUUGUCUCAAUGGCUUUAUCUAUCUUGGCGUUCUAUUAGCCCUCGACACGCUCUAUACGGAUCAUACGAUUUUUGGCUACUCUUAUACUCACUUGACAGGUUAUCCAAUGUACCUGCUAUGCCUCAUGGUGAAUUCAAACCUGUUCUCCCAAAUUGCUUUAGAGGCUUUCCAGAUUCAUGCCAACGAAUACCAGCGUCCGACAAUGGCAACCUCAGCAGCAUCAGCUAUCGGCAAUGCACUCUUUUAUAUUAACUGUGCAGCAUUUGCGAGGCUGUUAUACUUGGUUCCUUUCAUUGGAGCUGCUCUUUCAUUUUUCGUUACAUGCCUGUUCAUGGCCUAUUAUAGCUUUGAAUACAAAUGGGUUCAUUUACAGUGGUCUUUAGAUCAACGGUUGAGACACGUUGAGCGAAAUUGGGCAUUUUUCCUCGGAUUUGGCCUUCCUGCUGCUUCCUUGACAUUUUUCCUGUCCACAUUACACGCCGGCGGUGUCUUUGCGCUCAUCUAUCCAGGAUACAUUAUAUUGGCUACGAUGGCAGCUCUAAAGCCUAUCCGUGCGCCAGCUACCACUGCCACAGGCGUAAGAGCUAUUCAUCAGUGCCGUUUACCAAACCAAAUACCCUUUUUUUGGCCAGUAGCAGCGGCAACGUUCACCAUGGCUAUUUUGCUGAAAAAGUUGGGUGUACCCAAUGUACUAGCGGUCAUGUCUGAGAAGAAGGAUCAAUUAGGGAAGAUCGUAUAGAAUAAAAAAGCAAGAAUAUGUUCUGUUCUUCUUUUUUUCUACUAUAUUUAUUUCUGGAAAGAAUAUGACUUGUUCUCCAUUGUUUUAGCA